AGCGCCCUGCAAAUCCGUACAGGCUACCUAGGAUUACCAAAAAAACUAGAAAAAUUGAUUUCAGAUCAGUUCGCUGUGAAGAAUAGAAGCGCGACGCCAUCGCCUCGCGAGGAGGCUUCUGCAGUAAUGAGGAACGAUGCUGCACGGAAUCGUGGAUCUGGAAGUCGCCGAAAUGCUGCAGACCAGGUCAAUGAGGCUCUCGAGCUCUUCCCUGUACAAAGAUGUCAAACAGAUACCACUGAGGUUCGCCACCCAGCCGUGAAAGACGACUACAUUGUCAGUUCAACAAGAUCAUCAAUUAAACAAGUGUACGAUGUGAUAUCAUCAUUCACCGAACAAAAAAGGGAUUUGGUCAGAUCAAUCGGUUUCGGAGGGAUUCUGUUAUUCCCUCCGCUGAAGAAUAUCAAUCGCAGAUUUGCAGUGUGGCUAAUGAGCAGAGUAGAUCCUCUGUCACAGACAAUUGUAGUUAAUAACUGUAAGAGAAUCAAGUUUAACAAAACGGACGUGGAGAAAGUAUUCGGAAUACCUUGCCAUGGUAAGGUUGUAUCGGAUUGUAACAUGCCACGAAAGGUUAUAAUUCCUACGGUCAAAAAGUCUUACCCGGGAACAGACGCAAGGGAGAAUCGAAGUAUAAAGGCAGCACAAGAAGUAGUCGAGAAGCAGUGUAGUGGCACUAUGACAGAUACAGAACAGGAUGCAUUUAAAGUUGCAUUUGUAAUAUAUCUAAUGUCAACUUUACUAGCUCCUGGAUCAAAGUAUGACUAUGUCUCUUUGGAAUAUUGGGGCGCUCUGGUUGAGCCAGCAAGCAUCAAAGAUUUCGACUGGUGCGAGUAUGUACUCAGAAAAUUAUUACAAGCAGUUGUCAAGCUGAAGAAUGAACUACAAGUAGGCAACAAGGUUUCCAAUAUUACAGGGUGCUCUGUCUUCCUACAGAUUCUGUACCUGGACAGUAUAGAUAUUGGAGUAAUGAACAUGGAGCAUUCAUCAUUCCCGCGAAUCAAGCAUUUCGCAGCAGAAGAGCUGAAAUCAAUGAUUCUUGCUGACAGCUUAAGCAGGAAACCAGACAACCUCGGCUUUGAGUAUGGGAGAAGUCAGCUGCGUGAGGCCGCUGGAAUAUGUUACUCUUGGGCAUGCCAGUCUUUCAGCGCGUGUGCGGGAAAAAUAGGCACUACUUUGCCAGGCCUAUGGGAAGUUGCAUGCUCCUUCUCACGUGCACUUGGAGUUCAUAUGAAGUAGCUGAAUUUGAGGUGUUAAGCACCAGGAAUCAAUGCAACCACCCUUCAAGCAUCAGUUCU